AUGACCCUCCGCACUCCGCGCCGCCGCAUCUCACCCAGGGCCAAGCGUCGUUGCCGGGCUAUAAAAGAUUUCCUGCGGAGAGCCUUAGGAACCUCAUCGCAACCAGACAUCAAAAUAAAUUCUAGUAUAGCUAUCAAUGUUACUGAUUUGAAACACAAAAUAAAUGGUUUGGAACAUCAGCUUAACGAAGUGAAUAAACACUGCCAGGAUUUAGCAUGUCUCGAAACAAGUUCCCCGAAAGACUGUCCUAUUCUCGUGGACACUGAAGACGGUACUGAAUUGGCUUCAAUGAAAGAACAGUCCGAAAUUUCAUCAGUUAAAAAAUCCAGUGCAGUCGAAACGAGGCUACUAUACAAAACGCCUGAAAGCGAUUAUAGAAAAUCUAGCGGCCGUCUUAGUAACGUUUACGAUGAUCCCUACAGUAAAUGUAAUGUAAAAUUAGAUAAGAUGGUUCCCGAAGAGUACACGAAAGAUGACAGGCUUAAAAAAAGAAAGAGAAGAUUGGAUGCCAGAUUAAAGGCGGCCGACGGUAGCCAGCCUCGUCUAUGCAAACAUAAAACUCGGUCUGUUUAUGAGAAAAUGGUGUCUAAUGUAUCCACUAGCAGCUACCACUCACUUAUCGAGCCUCGUACUACUCAUACUUGCUAUAACACCGAUUCUGUACCCCAUCAUGAGAAGAAACGUAAUCAAAGAUUUUACCUUGAACCAAAACCCAUGAAUACGGAGAAUAGAAAAACUCGUCGAGACCUUAUCAAAAGAAACAGUCCUGAGAACGUAAUUAAAAGCUAUUCCAGACACAAACGUAAAACCAAUACUUCACGUGAUCUGGAUCAAGAUUUUAUUGAAGACCUAAUUAAACGACAGUACAAACCCAUGAAAAUGUUCAGUAAGCGAGAAUCUUUAUUAAGCCAAAUAUCGGCACCCGUAUGUCGUGAUCGAGAGUUUUCGAUACGAGAAGAUAUUAUAGAAGGUUCUGAUCUGUGUUCUUGUUGUGUUGAUGGGCGAAAAAAAAUCAACCAUCGAUAUGAAAAACAAUUAAAUGAUAAGCGCAGCAUCUGUGAUACUCGACUUUACAGUUCCAAAAACCAAAUGCGUCGAAAGCAACAUCAUCGAAGAGACGAUGUAUAUAAUAGACACUAUGAUAUCUAUAAUGAUGCUGAGCAAUAUGAUCUUAUACCGGUAAAAGAAAAGUCUAGUCCCAAAUCGAGACGUAAAAUGUUUGUAGAUAUAACUCCCUAUAGCUACUACAGAGAAGUUCCACCAUCGCCAAGAACGCUAAGACCUAAGCUGAAUCUUAAAGCUCAGUAUUAUACAGAAUUUGAAGAUUAUAUGAUGCACCGCAAGAAUCCUAAGCGUAAAAAUUAUUCUCCACAUAGAUAUAGAAUGUUUCCAAAUAAUUUUGAGAGCAAUGUACCCUCAGAUAUGUUUGAAUAUUACAAAGAAAAACGCGAAUCUCAGACAAGUAAAAAAAAUAGGGAAGAAAAACAAGUACAACAUGAUGCUGCCACGAUAAGUGGCCCACUAUCUCCAAAACAAAAUAAUAUUGCAAAUGACAAUUCUUUUAAUAAAUCUCAUGACUCUGAUUUAUCAGAGAAUAAAACCGAUAAAGCUCUUAGUGAGAUUAAAAAUAUACUUCAAAGCUUUUUACAGGAGAUAAAAAAGGAAACUGUCUCUCAAUGUGGUAAUUCUGAUAUUAUGACAUCCAAAACUGGAGACAAAUGUUUAAAUGAAUUUCGACCAAGUAGUACCAAACUGAACACGUCAGUGGUGCCUGAGAGUGGUCUUUGCGUCAAUAACUUUGGUAUUCCGCAAUGUAACAUGCCUCCUCCUUUCAUACCUCCAUUCGCAAAUACUUGUUGUUAUCCUAUACUUCCUAUUUGUCCCAUGAAUUGCGUUAAAAGUGGAUUUAUUUUACCAAGUCCAAGUUACACUUGUAACUGUGUGAAUAAUUCUAAAGAUGGUCAACCUAAUCAGAAUGAGUCUGACACCACAAAAACUGGCACUGAAACUGAACAAUUGAUAAAAGAAAUCUACAAAGUUGUGGCGCAAAAUACAAAUAGCGUGCGAAAAAAUAAAAAUGAGACAAUAGAUUCGCCUAAAGGUUGUAAGGAUGAAAAAAUAUUAACAUGCAGAAGCGCAGGUGGCAGUUGCCGAAUUACCAAACACGAUGUUGAAGUGGCGACGCAAAAAGUAAAGUGUCAUUCUAAGAGCUGUGAAGCUAUCGGCUCCAGAUUGACCUCCGACACUUACUAUUCUCGGACUAACCCGACUUAUUCUGAUACUAUACUGGAUAGGCUUAGUCUUGAAGCUACUGCUUCGAACAUGGAGUCAGAAUCAAGCAGAGAACAGAUUAGUAUUAAAAAGGAUGUUAAACAAAACAAAUUUGCAAGAGUUCUCCGUUCAUUUGGUCUACUUAAAAAGAAAAAGGAUGUGAUUGAAGAACUUAGCGAAAGCGAGAGUACAGUCGAAGUUAGUAUAGAAGCUAAGCAGCCGUUCCGUCAGGAAAUAACAAAUUAUUCGAUGUAUAGUGAGGAAUAUGAUAACCGUCCACCGAUAGCGAGGCAGAAUGAUCCUUACCACCCGUAUAUGGAUUAUCGACAUGGUUACGCUCGAACUCCCACGAGUUGCUUCCAUGGCUGUCCAAGACAUGUGACUUCUCCUCAUUCGCCAAUGUACGACGGCUAUAAUAAUCAUAAAAUUCCCUAUGCUCAACGUACAGAAUCUCCAUAUGGGUCCCCACGACCUCAUCCGUCUGCUCCUCCUUAUCCCAACCCCUACGAUCACCAUCAUCACAACCAACCUCAAGUACCAUUGUGCUUAAAGGAAAUAGAAGUGAAAAGUACGGGUACGCAAAGUGAGAGGAAAAUGCCGUUUUUCAGAAGGCUAAAGAAAAAAAUGCAAGAACCCGUAACAGUGCAAAGGACAGACGAUUGCGGACCCAUAAACUGUUCUACUCAAACUGCCGAGAAACCACAGCCAGCCAAAUUACUACCAACUAGUAAACUAGCAAAGAUAAACUGGAAGACUUUACAGGCUAAAGUACACGAGUUAGACAACGCGGACAAUUUUACAUUUAAAACGCAGAAAAAUUUGGCUGAAGGUGAUAUUAAAAUGAGAAAUGCAAUGCUCAGAAAGUUAUUUCACAAAAGGAAUCCGUUCUCUCCUAGGAACUUAAUUGUGCGCACCCUUCUUGGAAAAGAUAAAUCUAGCUAUGGUGAUCCACCGAUGUUGUAUAGACCGCGUAUGUUCGUGUAG